GGGACGUCUGGAAAUUGUCUUUGGAAAAAAAUCGACCUUCAAGUUGACCUUGCCUUCCUUCUUCCGAGACCAACUAGGCUUUUGGUGGUCUCAGAUCCGAUCCAGUCCAGAAACCAUGGCCACCAGCAGCAGAAGCGGUGUACCAUUUCCUUCGUCCUCGGAACCACCAUGGAAGUACGAUGUCUUCUUGAGCUUUAGAGGUUCAGAUACACGCCGCAACUUCACAGAUCAUCUCUACAUGGCAUUGGAACAAGCUGGAGUCCGCGUCUUUCGUGAUGAUGAGGAACUAAUGAGAGGGGAAUCAACGGCAGUUGCUCUGCUGACAGCAAUAGUAGAGUCGAAGAUCUCUAUCGUCGUCUUCUCCAAAAAUUAUGCAAGUUCCAGUUGGUGUCUGGACGAGCUGGUAAAGAUCUUGGAGUGUAAAUCAAUGUAUGGACAAAUGGUGACUCCAGUAUUCUAUGACGUUAAACCUUCAGAUGUGAAAUUCCAGAGGGAUAGUUUUGCAUACGCAUUUGACAAACAUGAAAAGCGCUACGAUAUGGAUAAGGUGCUGAUGUGGAGAGAUGCUCUAACUUCUGUUGCAAAUAUAACGGGCUGGGAUGUUUCAAACUACGGGUUUGAAUCAGAAGUCAUCAGGAACAUUGUAGUGACAAUUACUGAACUGUUGGAGAACCCAGAAGUGGAUGUUGAAGACUUGCCGGAAAUGGAUGAUGGACAGUUGGUGGACCCAGAAGUGACUGUAGCCAAGUUUCAUGUUGGAAUUCAGUCUCGGGUGGAAGAUUUGGCUAGUCAUCUAGAUGUUGGGUCAGAUGAGGUACAAAUAGUUGGAAUUUUCGGGGUGCAGGGAAUUGGCAAAACGACGGUUGCCAAAGCUAUGUAUGAACGAUAUCGUAAUAGCUUUGACAGUGCAUGUUUCCUUGUCAAUGUGAGGGACACUAUAAAAGAACCGAAUGGUCUGAUUAGUUUGCAGGAACAACUUCAUGAUCUCUUGGAAACAAAGAUAGACGUAGGAGUUGUUUCUGCAGGGUUUCAACGGAUCAAAAGAGAAAGAAGGGUACUACUCAUAAUCGAUGACAUAGAUGAUAAAAAGCAACUAGAACAAUUGGCCAUUGAACGUGCUAGGUUUGGUUCUGGAAGUAGAAUUGUCAUAAUAGCAAGAGAGGAAGCUCUGCUGAAGCAACUUAAAGUUGAUACAACAUAUUCACCACGACCAAUGAACAAAGAGGAAGCGAUUGAGCUCUUUAGUUGGCAUGCCUUUGGGAAGUGUUCUCCUAAUGAAAAAUAUUCUGAACACUCAAAAACUGUUGUUGCUUUUUUGGGGGGUUUGCCACUACUUCUUACAGUCAUAGGUCAUGAUCUUUAUGGAAAAGGCAUGAAAAGGUUAUGA